UCACCCUACAGAUAUAUUUAUCAUCAAGUGUGACGUUUUCCUGUUGAUUGACAGCAGUUACGGGGCGGAUAAGUGUCGUAAUUUCCGUAGUCUGCGUCACGUUGGGCAUGCGAAGAUGGCGGAUUCUCUCCCUGCGGAGGUGGAUAUGGUAGUCUUGGGUACAGGUCUGCAAGAGGCCAUUGUUGCAGCUGCCUGUUCCCGAAUCAGCAAGAGCGUUCUUCAUGUUGAUAGAAACAACUACUAUGGAGGGAACUGGGCCAGCUUUAGCUUUUCUGGAUUACUGUCGUGGAUUGAAGAAUGCAGAGGACAAAAAUCUAAUAAUGCAGAAGUUAACUGGAAGGACAAGAUACUGGAAGGUGAAGAUGCCAUUGAACUUGAUCAAAUUGAUAAGUCCAUUAAAAAUGUGGAAGUCUUCUGUUUUGCAAGCACAGUUGCAGAAGAUGAUGUUGUGGAAGAAGGAGCACUUGAGAAUAAGCAAUGUAAUGUAAGUUCCAGUAGUGCGGUAGAGGAUGGAGCAGUGUGCAGCCAAGAUGAGAAAAAUCAGAUGUCUAAGUGUACAAGCAACAGUGAAGAAAAUCCAGAAAAUAUCAAGGUCAAAGAUACUUCGCAUUCCACAAAGGAAGUUUCAACUGAAGUAAUUCAACCAGAAGACAAACCUUCAUGUGCAGACAUUCCUUCAUCCACCACCAAUGAUACAAGUCUGGCCAAAGAAUUGAUUGCUAAUGAUGUAGCUUCAGUUGAGAUUGAAGCUGACAGUAUAGAACACACUACUGAUGUUCCUGCUCAAGAAGAUAAAAAUCAAACCAAAAAAUGGACUUACUCACAAAUUAUUAAGAAUGGCAGAAAAUUUAACAUUGAUUUAACUUCAAAGUUUUUGUAUUCCCGUGGUUCUCUUGUCGAUCUUCUUAUCAAAUCCAAUGUCAGUCGGUAUGCUGAAUUCAAAAAUAUUAACAGGAUACUUGCUUUUCAAGGAGAAAAAGUUGAGCAGGUGCCUUGCUCCAGAGCAGAUGUCUUUGCCAGCAAACGUCUCACCAUGAUAGAAAAGCGAAUGUUAAUGAAGUUCCUUACUUUCUGUUUGGAAUAUGAGCAACAUCCAGAUGAAUAUCUAGCCUUUAAGGACAGUGCAUUUUCAUCUUUCUUGAAGACACCAAAGUUAACUGCCAGUCUUCAACACUACGUUUUGCAUUCCAUUGCUAUGGUCUCUGAAAGUGCUAGCACAACUGAGGGACUCAAAGCAACACAGCAUUUCUUACAUUGCCUUGGCCGCUAUGGGAACACGCCAUUCCUUUUUCCCUUGUAUGGCGUUGGAGAACUACCACAGUGCUUCUGCAGGAUGUCUGCAGUCUUUGGUGGAACAUAUUGUUUACGGCAUUCAGUGCAGUGCUUGGUGGUUGACAGAGAAACAGGAAGAUGUAAAGCUGUAGUUGACAGUAAUGGCUAUCGCAUAGACUGUGAACAUUUUAUUGUGAAUGAUGGCUAUCUACCUGAAAAAAGUACUAAAAAUGUCCACUACGGGUACAUUUCGAGAGCUGUACUCAUCACAGAUUCUUCGAUCUUGAAGGCUGACUCUGAGCAGAUAUCUAUUUUGAAUGUGCCUGCAGUGGGAGAUUGCCAACCAUCUGUACGAAUCAUUGAACUCUGUCCAUCUUCAAUGACCUGUCCACAAGGCACCUAUUUGGUCCACUUAACUUGUCCGUCGAAUGAAACUGCCAAAGAAGACUUGGAGCCUGUGAUAUCUAAACUUUUCACGCAAUACAGUGGAAAUGAAGAAAAUGAUGACGGAGAGAAACCUAAAGUGCUUUGGGCUUUGUAUUUCAAUGUAAGAGAUUCAUCUGCAGUUGACAGAAACUCGUAUGAAGGUCUUCCCAGUAAUGUUUAUGUCUGUUCUGGACCUAGUGCUACUCUUGGAUUUGAACAGUCUGUUGAACAGGCAGAAGCCAUCUUCCAUCAACUGUGUCCUGGGGAAGAGUUCUGUCCUGCUGCUCCAAACCCUGAAGACAUUAUUUAUGAUAGUGACGGCGCAAAACCAGAAAAUGGUGGCUUUGGUUCUCCUUCAGAAUCUUCAGAAACUGUUGAUGUAAAAAAAGAUGUAGUCACAGAUACUGCAGAAAAUGGUGAUAAUAAAAAGGAAGAAGCCAGUGAAAUACUGACUGCUAAGGAAGUGGGUGGAGAAUCUGAAAAAUCCAAGUCAGAUCCUCAGACUUUGGAAAAUAAUAUUAAUGAAACAGAGGAACUAAAAGGUGCAGAAUAAUGUAUUUAGGUAGGAGAAGUCAAGUUAUUGGGGAUGUCUGUUGCUCCAAAUUAUAUUGAAGCAAACGCCAAAUGUAGAGGUCACUCUAACAUGCAGCAACAUGCAAAACACAAUUGAGCAUCAAAAUUCGUUGGACAACCUUUGAGUUAUCUGACUUUAAAAAUAAACUAGCAAAUACUGUAGAUCCACUUGCUGUUACAAUUUCCUCUACCUUCUAUUUUUCCUUGGUUUGCAUUACCACCCACCCCCACC